AUGUCAGGUUACAAUUUCAAGAGUAUUACAGUUGUUCCUUCUUCAAAGGAAUUUAUUGACAUCGUAUUGUCAAAAACCCAAAGGAAAACCCCUACUGUUAUUCACAAACAGUAUCCUAUGCCUCGUAUUCGGAAUUUUUACAUGAGAAAAGUGAAGACUUGCCAGCAAUUCUUCCACGAUAAGCUGAAUGCUAUUGUCACUGAAUUUCCUAUGGUGGAGAGUAUUCACCCAUUUUACGCAGACUUGAUCAACGUUCUUUACUCUAAAGAUCAUUAUAAGUUGGCUCUUGGUCAGAUUAAUACAGCUAAAAAUAUCAUUGACGGUAUUGCUCGGGAUCAAGUCAAGAUGCUGAAGUAUGGCGAAUCACUCUAUCAAUGCAAGACGCUGAAACGGACAGCUUUGGGCAGAAUGUGUACUGUCAUUAAGCGUCAAGCAAACAACCUCAAGUUUUUGGAGGACACCCGUCAACACCUCUCUCGACUACCGAGUAUCAAUCCGGAUACGCGUACACUGAUCGUUUGUGGCUUCCCAAAUGUUGGAAAGUCUAGCUUCAUCAACAAGAUCACACGGGCAGACGUGGAUGUUCAACCUUUCCCAUUCACCACGAAAUCACUCUUCCUGGGUCAUACGGACUACAAGAACCUUCGAUGGCAAGUUAUCGACACUCCAGGCGUGUUAGACCGCCCGCUGGACGAACACAACACCAUUGAAAUGGUCGCUAUUACUGCUCUGGCUCAUCUUCAGGCCGCAGUUAUCUAUCUUAUGGAUCUGUCGGAACAGUGCGGCUACUCUGUUGAACAGCAGGUUUCAUUGUUCAAGAGCCUCAGCCCCCUAUUCUCCAACAAACCGCUGCUGGUUGUCGCUAAUAAGUCAGACGUGAAGAAUCUGGCCUCGCUCUCCGACGAGGAUCGAGAACUUGUAACCGCAAUGUGUCGCCUCCCGGGCGAAGAGGAAACAGGGCAGGAGAAGCCACUCUUUAUGGAGAUGUCGACUCUCCUGGGCGACGGAGUCAUGGAGGUGAGGGCUCGUGCCUGUGACGACCUUCUCACUCGCCGUGUGGAGGCGAAACUGCGAGCUGGUGCUGCUAGCCUCCGUGAAGGCUCGAUUGCCAACCGACUGUACAUUGCGCGACCCAAGGGGGCAAGUUGCAACCUCUUUAAGUGCAGUAUAAGUAGACUAAUAUCGUUUAAAUUGAGCACUCCAAUUCUGGCCGAUCGUCCGCCAAAUAUCCCAGAAACCGUGCUGGAAAAGCGUCGUCUGAAACGUGCAGCCGAGGAGACGACAGCCAUGGAGAUUGACGGAGACGCCUCAGCCCAGCCGCCAACAGCCAAGCGGCCGAUGACAAUGCGAGAUCGCGAGUUGGCUGAAGGCGAUGAUUUCUACCUUAAUCUGCGCGAUCACUGGUUGUUGAAAAACCCACAUGAACGCAACGACAUUAUUCCCGAGAUUGUGGAUGGUCACAAUAUCGCCGACUUCUUCGAUCCCGAUAUUGAGGCUAGGCUGAAUGAAUUGGAGGAGCAGGAAAAGGCUAUGGAAGAGGCGGGAGUCUAUGACGAGGAGGAGGACCCAGACGAUGCUGAUCCUGACAUGCAGAAACUUAGGAUUACGGCUAAGAAAAUUCGUGAGGCACGGGCACUGCGAAUUCUCGAAUCACAAGCUCGGAAGAAUAAGGAGAAGGGACGCAUUUCGCGUGCUGAAAAAGGUGUCUCUGCCAAGCAGAUGAAAAAAGAACUUGGAAAACUCGGUCUACCGGUGGAUGUUAGUCGAGAAGUGGAGCAGAGUCGAGAACGACGUCAGGCAGCGGCCAAGCGACGCGCGGCCUCGCUGUCGGUGGCGAGGAGCGAGGCGGCGCACGCAGCGGCGGUGGAACGAAGCUCGAAACCGCGCGCCCGCUCCGGUGUGCGCGACGACGCGGCAUAUGCGGCAGCUGUGCGGCGCGCACGCGUCGACGUGGCGCGUCGUGUGGGUGCAAAGUCACGCAAAGGCGAAGCGGACCGACACAUCCCCAACCUCCGACCCAAACACCUCUUCUCGGGCAAGCGAUCCAUCGGCAAGACACAACGUCUCGAACGCAGUCCUAGGGGUGCUGUAGAGACAUCACCACUCCUCGAAUGUUACGAAGAGCCCAGCGCUAUUCAGUUCGAAAAGCAGGCAACCUUCAAUCGUAUCGGUUCCAUUGGGCAUGCUGAGAGGAUUAAUUAUGAGGAGAAAUUGGUAGAGAGCACAGUGGAUAGAGGAAACCCUACCGAUAGGCUGGUGUGCGCCCGUCUAUGCUUUUCAUGUCAUCGAAAUAAGCUCUCUCCAGGCCAUGAGGUCCUCUUUGUUGCCCCAAUAGCAGGAAGCCCGUUGUUUGGCAUCCUCUACUCUGUACAAACCAACGUGCCUGCUGAAAGGUCGUCGAGAUUCACGAUGGGAACCAUCUCUCUCGGGAUACAACCGGCGCGGAAUGGGGAUCGUCAAAUUGCCUUUUUUGAUCGUUUAAGUAUGAGGCAGAAGCACCUUCAAGCCAUUGCCAGCCUAGCUGUGCCGGCUAAUCGUUUUUUCAGCUCUCAACCGUUCCACACUCGUACGCACACGGACACCUUCGUUGAAUUCGGUCGUCUGAGAGAUUCUCCACCGUUGCCCCUGGAACAAACAGUCUUAUCUCACCCUAACAGUGGGAACAGCUACAACGGAUGUAAUCCCCCAGAUGAUGCAGCGGUCGCCGAGAGCAUUGCACCACCACCACUACCAUCGCCACCGCCACGAGACAUGCAUCACGAGCCCAGCGAGGUUCUGGCCCGUCGUCUACGCCACAAUUGGCUCCUCCAUGGCAACGAGUUCAAAGCCGCCCGCGGUGGACUUGACGGUGAUUGUGAGGAUGAUGGAUCGUUGACGAAUCUUUCUUGGCUCCAGAAUAUCAGUGUUAAAAAACUGGCAGCUCCGCUGUCACCACUGUCACCACCCUCGUCACCAACAUGGGAUCUUCAUCACACGCAGCCCAACCAUCACAACACCCUCGAACUUUAUCGCCAACACUGUCUAAACUAUGGUCUGGGUCUGCAUCAAAGUCCUCUUUCAUCACGUUCAAUGUAUCGGCAGACACUGUCGACUGGGAGAAUACAACAACGCGACACCAACAGGAAUAUUCGACCCCUCUUUAAACGACGCGGUACCCUUUUGAAGAGGUUUAAGAACUCGAUACCAGCGCUUCAGAUCCUCAAGAGUCUUCCAGCCUCCAGCACUGUUUACACCACCUCUAAUAACACCUGCCAACAACAACAACAACAGCUGCAUACGCUGUGGGCUGUGGAACCUAUGACCCUGCUAACCGACACCUCGUUGACUUCUUCUCUGCCAACGAUUGAGGAUGUAGCACCAGAGGAGCGAGUAGCAUUCAGGGCCAAUCAGAUGCUUCAACCGCCGUUUACUCACACCGCGCUGAUCUGCAUGAGUAUGCAAGCGAUGGGGAAGAACAAGAUCACGUUAGAUGAGAUCUAUAGUUGGGUGGCGGAGAAUUUCGCCUUCUAUCGAGACUCAGAGCCUACCUGGAAGCUAGCACUUCGACAGACACUAAUGCGUAACGCCAUAUUUCAACGAGUUCCACGUCGCAAGGAGGAGCCCGGCGGGUGGGGUGAUAUGUGGCGUCUCCACCCUGACAUCCGUUCCAAACUGCGAGACCUCAGUUACCAAGAUGCUUCACCACAGACGCUGGCCAAGUCAUCUAUCAUCGCGCCCAAGCUGAUUAUUCAAUCAAUCAUUAAGACUGAGGAGGAGGAUGUGCCCCCGUCAUCGGCUAGCCAACGGGCUGACAACGAGGAGCCGCAUCCACGUCAACGGGAGAAUCAGGAGGAUGAGAGCCGCCUUUUGGUGAAGGACUUAAAAUUAGAAAUAGAGAAUGAGGAGGAGCCGAGGCUGGAAAACGAUUGGUGGUCCAGAGACCUGAGUGAGAACGUGGACAGGCUAAUGGGAGAUUUGGAGGGAUCCAAUCCCGAUCUGUACAUGUCCCUAGACAGCCCGACAGCCUACUCUGUUGACAACCCAAACACUCCGACGGAUGACCAACCCUGGGUGGACGAUAGGCUAAAUUUAGAGGAAUUAGAUAACAUUCUUGGCUUAAAGUAG